UCAGCAGUGCACUGAAUAGUGAACUAGAGAGCUGAUUGAGACGCAGAUUGAGUGUGUAUUUCUCUUAUAUCUGUUCAUUGUUCUCAUUUUAAACAGGACGAAGUGUCCAAACACUGAGGGAAACUGCUGAAGCGACUGAUGUCCACACUGUUAUAAAGAUGGCGUUUAUUAAAGUGGAGAGUGAAGACCUGAAGAUUGAAGACACAUUCACAGUCAAAAUGGAAGAUCCUCAGGAACAAACAGAGCUGAUGGUGCUGAAAGAAGAGACUGAAGAACUGAAUGAAACAGAAGAGAAAGAGCUGAUGGUGCUGAAAGAAGAGACUCAAGAACUGAAUGAAAUGGAAGAGAAAGAUCAGUUUGAGAAAAACCAAGACUUAAUAGCCGAUGAAAUGGCAAAAAAGACUUCACCUCAUAAAAGAGAUCAGGAAACCAAAUCUAAUAGUAACUUUACCUGCAGUCAAUGUGGAAAAAGUUUUACUCAAAAAUACAAGCUUAGAGUUCACAUUAGAGUUCACACUGGAGAGAAGCCUUUCUCGUGUGAUCAGUGUGGAAAGAGAUUCAUUGAAAACACAAGACUUGUAUCCCACAUGAGUACUCAUACCAGAGAGAAGCCUUACUCAUGUCCCGAGUGCGGAAAGAGUUUCAAACAAAAGCAAAAUCUUGCAAUUCACAUGAGAAUUCACACUGGAGAGAAGCCUUUCUCAUGUGAUCAGUGUGACAUGAGUUUCAAUCAAACACAAAACCUUAAAGCCCACAUGAACGUUCACAACAGGGAUAGGCCGUAUGUCUGCCAACAGUGUGGAAAGACAUUCAGGCAAAUACAAAUCCUUGAAAAUCACAUCAAACUUCACACUGGAGAGAAGCCGUGUGUCUGCCCUCAGUGUGGAAUGAGAUUCGUUCAUAAACAGAGACUUAAAAGGCACAUGAAAGUUCACAAUAAAGACAAACAGACAAUAAAGCCUUUCCUUUGCCAGCAAUGUGGAAAGAGUUUUGCCCAGAAUGGUACCCUUAAAAUCCACAUGAGAGUUCACACUGGAGAGAGACCUUACACUUGCGCUCAAUGCGGGAAGAGUUUUACACAGAAAAGCAAACUUGAUUACCACAUGAGGCUUCACACUGGAGAGAAACCUUUCCUCUGCCAACAGUGUGGAAAGAGUUUCAGUCAAAAGAAAUGCCUUGAAGUCCACAUGAGAGUUCACACUGGAGAGAGACCUUACACUUGCACUCAAUGUGGAAAGAAUUUUUCACAGAAAGGCAACCUUGAUUACCACAUGAGAACUCACACUGGAGAGAGACCUUACACUUGCACCGAAUGCGGAAGGAGUUUUACACAGAAAGGCAACCUUGAUUCUCACAUGAGGACUCACUCUUUAGAGAAGCCGUUUGUAUUUGGCCAGUAGGGUUCUGCGUCAAGGACUGGUUCCAUUUUAGAACGGCAUGGCAAAUGACAUUUGGCAUUUGACAGCUGUAUCUAUCUGCCAAGACCUUUGGCCGGUUAAGAUUUGCUCCCAAAAUAUAAAACUCAAAUGAUGAUUACCCUCAGGGCCGUGCAGAGUGUUGGACUUUCCCCAAGUCCUACCCAUGCUCAAUAAGUCUGUCAGAGGUAGUAAAUAAUUUCAAUCUUUUUAUUAUCAAGUGAAUAAAGCUUCUUCAGAAUUCUGGGCUUUAGAAUAGCAGUCAAUCAGGUGAUCGGGCAGUCCGAAGCGCCGUACAUACAAAAUCACACAUUUUUAUAGACUUCUUGUCUCCACACUCUCAGAGCAUUUCUCCAGCAAAUAGCAGUCAAGGUGUCAUCCAUAGUGAGGUAGACCAGCUACACUUCAGGUUGUGUGCCUGCACAGAAACAUCCGAAAAAUAGGGGGGAGUGCAUGUGCCCAAGGAACAAGUUUUAAGUGCACCUUGCCUCUGCACGAACCUGAUUAUCCUUCACCUAUAAGAAUGUGUUGCCAGGGGCGCCGCUAGGGAGGGAUAAAUUAGAUCAAUUCUGAGGGCCCGCGCAUUUUGGAGGCCCUCAGAGAUAUUAGGGGCCCACGACCGCCCCACAAAACUUUCCCCCCUCUUCACUUUCGACCGCGAUUAUAUAUAGGUUUAGUAAUAUAAUAAAUCUUAAUCAAUAAUUAUCUGGCAGUUGCAAUUUGCUGGAGAACUACACACUUGUCAGAGUAACGAACUACAACACCCAACAUGCAACUCGCACACACUGGUUCCUGUUUCCCACUGAUUAUACUCGCACAGCUGGUAACUCAUCACAGACUGGUUAGCUGAACUUUAAAUUCCCCCCUCAGAUAGACGUUGCAAAGUCUUGUUUUUCUAGUGAAGCAAUUGAAUAGCUAUUUCCCUGUUUACCCUGCCUUGUCUUUUGAUCUUGGCCAGAUUUACCGUUCGUUGAUUCUUUGCUGCCUGUUCUGACCAUCUCCCUGUUUAUAACAACACUCUUUGGAUUACCCUCAUGCUCCUGUUUGUUUCUGUUCUGACCUUUGCCUGUUUGACUAAGCUUAAAGUAAACUGCACAUGGAUCAUCUCCGUUGUCCAGUGUUCUUCGUUACAGCUAGGUCAUGGUUGAGGUCUCUUUCCAGUUAGUUAUAGAGAUCUAAUAGAUCAUAUUCCAGCAACUCUAUGUACGCUAUAAAUAAAGCCAGGGCGCACAUUUGAUAUCCUCUGCAAUUCAAUUCACCUCUGUUCUUGUGUCAUUUAUCAAGUGCUCUUUCUAGUGUUGUAGGAUAUAUUUGAUAUAUUUUCAGGGUGAAAUGUCAAAGUAUAUUAGGCUACUCGAUUCAACUGGACUUAAUAUUUUAAGGCCUUAAAACGAUUUAAUGUCUCAAAAGAGUUUGAAUUGUUGACUGACUAGUAGUUUAUUUAUUUCGUGG